CCUCUUGUUCAGAUUAGAAUGCCGCAUGCGUGCGCGCUUGUGUUUACGGAAGCGUGCUACUGGAAAGUGUGCGGAUUAUUGAGAAAAUAAAGAAAAGAAAGGAAAUAGGAAAUCGAAGAAAAAAAAAAAUGCCUUCCGAAAAUAAAUCUCUAUCAAUAACGAUUGAGUUUGGAGGUGGAGCCGAAUCGUUGUUCGAUAAGAAGAAAAAACACGAGGUUAACUUACCUGCUGGCGAAUGGAAAUUGAAACGUUUAUUACAUUGGAUAAAAGAUAACCUCUUGAAGGAACGACUGGAACUAUUUAUGCAAGAGGAUACCGUACGACCAGGAAUUCUUGUUCUUGUAAACGACACUGAUUGGGAAUUAUUGGAGCACCAUGGCAAAUUGGAAAGAGCUUCUCUCCUGCAUCCUGCGUCGUACUCCUGCUUUCCAUCGUGAGUUACGAGAGCGAGAAGGAGGGUUUGGGUUAGCACAAUGCACGAGAUUUCGUUCGGUCCAUCGGGAGUCUCGACGCAUCCCUAUAGGCAGCUAUUAGGGCGUGGGUCGCGAGUCUUUCGAGGAGAGAUUCCCACUGGAUGAAUCGACUGGAUGCUUCGACAGGAUGGCCCAGAGGAUUGUGG